CAUGUAGGCCCUAGCCGGGGCGCUAGCCCACAUUGAGGCUGGACUCUUGUUAAGGGAAUCUCAACCGUAACCUGGUCCACUAUAACCCGCUUUAAAGUGGCGUUCUUCUUGGACAAAUGCAGCCUGCAUGAGCAAAGCAAAUGUCUGUUCCUUGAAGCUUUGAAAGCUUGGCUGGAGGAAGCACAGGAUAAAACCCUCUCCCAUUGUGCGUGGAUUACUGUUCCGAGCAGCUGGAGAUGGCGCAGCCUGUGCGGCAAGAAGUCUUCUUCGUCUUUGUCCCUGGGCGGAAUGGGGAGGAGCAUUGCCUCCCUUGCUUAGGAAAGCCUGAGGCUGAUAAUGUGCGCAGUCUGCGCAAGUCCAUCGGGAAAAAAGCACGUUCGGCUGGCGCUCUUGCAAGAAGCCACCGCGUCAGCGCCCUCAAAUUGGUCUUUGCAGACCAGCUUGCAGUAGAACUGGUCAACAGCGAACCUCUCACGGUCCUGACAACGAUCUUUCAGAACACUUCUGGAGAGCAGUGGCGCAGGCUAGGAAGCGGAGUCCAGCCUAGGCUUGUUGCAGUUGUGAAAGAAAAAGGCGUGCAGACUCCAGAGACGAGGGGGCCACCGACACAGACAGACCAGGCGGUGCAGACUCCGGUGAGGGACACUGAAGGGCCAGUCCGGAGACCAGAGAAGAGGCAGCGCGAGGAGCGUGUCAGUGCGUGUGAUGGAGGUCCCCAGGCGAAGCGGCCGAAGUCAACAGGUGCUGACAUCAGCGGCAAGGCAAACCAGGAGGGCGCACCACGAGAAAGCAGACCCAAUGAUGCUAGUCAGGAGCGAGACGGGCGGAACACGGAGAGCGGGGAUGGCGUUGGGGGGCGCGAAGCGCAGAGACGGUCUGUGGGCAACACCAGCGGAGCUGCGGCAAGCAAUCUUGCCGCUGGGGUCGAGGGAGCGAAGCCGGAUAUCAAGCGGAAGACAGUGAAGAAGGUGAAGAUUGAAUUGAGCGAGUCGUCAGAGAGUGAGCAUCCAAGCAGGGCGGAAGGUGGGCGGGGGGGCAGUGACGUGGCUGGAGAGCCGCAGCAGCCGCCCGGGAAAGCUCCGAACGAAGCGAGGGCGCCGGAGGGACGGUCAGGACGUGCUCGUGAUGUUCAAUCGGAUUGCGGCGUUCUGAAACAAGAGGAGGGAGUCGAACGAAGGGGAGUGGUCCGAGGUGAGGGGCCAAAGGUUGACAAAGGUGGUGGCCGAGGGAUUGGAGGGGGUGCGAGCCGGGAGCCAAAGCGUCCGGAGGCGGCGGUCUCGCAUGUGCGAACGAAGGAGAUGGAACCGGAAGGUUCUGAGGUGGAUGCGGACGCAUGUGACGAGUGCGGCAAUGAGGAGAACCCGGAGUUAUUAGUGCGCUGCGCCGAGGCAGAGUGUGCCACUGUUGCGCAUAUCUACUGCAUAAGCGAGGAGAUGGACGAGGUCCCAGGGGCAGAUUGGUUCUGUGAUGGAUGUGAGGAACGGAAUGAGGCGGACAAAACGGGGGGGCACCAGGAAACAACUUCGGCGAGACGGGGUGUAAAAAGAGGCGAGGCUGAAUCUGUUGAACGAUUGGGCCAGAGACGGACAAUAUUUCGAGAUGGAAGAGGUGGCGGCCGAGGGGAAGACGUGCAGCGGAAUGGAGGGGGGUCGAUCCACGGGAAGGUUGCACGGGGCGGGAGUGGCGUGCAGGGUGCGAAACGAAAGGCAUAUCUCAUCGGCGGACCCCCAACUUGCCAGCAUGAAGGUUGUGGGCGACGAGCUUGGUACACUCUUCGUGGUGACGGAGUAUACCCUCGAGUCUGCCACAGCCACAAGUUACAAGGGAUGGUGCAGAAGACUGGUUCAACAUGCGAGAUUCUCAAUUGUCAGCAGGGAGCAGGCUACAACUUUCCGGGUCAGAAAGGAAGGCGUCGCUGUGGGAAGCACAAAGAGGAGGGAAUGUUCACGCUGUCGUCCCUGUGCGAGGUUUCGGGCUGCCAUUGUGUGGCUAGUUAUCGAAGCAGCGAGGGCCAAAGAUUUACCCGUUGCUCCCUACACAAAGUAAAAGGGACCAUGAUCCCCGCUCGUCGAUGUAAACAACCUGGCUGUUUAGUUACGGGCCAUUACGGGUAUGCAGGAAGGGGCAGAGAAUUCUGCAAGGAGCACUCAGCAAGAGGAAUGGUGCACCAUCCACUUGUAAAACGGGGUCCAAAACGGAGAAGGUAAUCCAAAGUCAUGUCCUACGCCUUCAACGUCACGAACCUGGAAUGACAACUGACAAUCUGAUGUACAGCUUUUUGGAAUCCGAAAGGGGCAUAUUGGCGGCAG